AUGGUAAGCGAUAAAAAAUCCUUACAUCCGGGUUUUGCCGUCUCUAACAUCAAAACUUUGAUCCCUAUUAAUCUAGAUAUCAAACAGGACGAAUAUUCUUCAUGGGUUUUCCUGUUUCAACUUCAUCUUCAAGCACACAACCUACUUUUUCUUAUUGAUGAUUCUAUUCCACCACCGGAUCUUGACGCUUCCACCAUACUACAACUUGAUGCCCUCUGUCGUCAAUGGAUGUUCUCCACCAUGACCAAAGAUUUGAUGCUUACCGUUCUCAGAACUGGAAACACUGCCAAAGAGUUAUGGGAUCAUGUUAAACGCCUCUUCCAAGACAACAAAGGAAGCCAUGCCGCCAAUCUCGAAAGUAAGUUCGUAAAUCUAAAGUUUUUUGAUUGUAACAAUGUUGAUGAUUAUUGUGAUAAACUACAUGCACUUUCAAAUCGAUUAAGUGACCUCGAUUUUCCAAUGGAUGAGAAACGUUUGGUUAUUCAACUUGUCAAUGGACUUCCGAAGGAAUACAACACUGUUGUCUCCUUCAUUCAACAAUUGAUGCCAUCCUUUGACACUGCUCGAUCUCAACUACGUACUGAGGAUAUUCGACGUGAAAAUCUAUCAAAUUCCGGCUCCCACACUGCCCUUGCAGCCGCCAACAGCCGCCGUCCUCCACCUCCUGCACCUUCUUCUCCCCGUUCGUCAGCUACUGAACAACACAGAUUUUCGCUGGGCCGACAAGCGCCUCUCCUGCCAACUCCAGCAGGCCCACGGCAUCCCUACCCAACAACACCUACCUGGGCUUCUCACUGGUCGACUCCCCCAAGCCCAUAUCCUACGACUCCAGGCUACCACUCAACGGAUCCGUACUGGGCUUCUCAACAACAUUUCGUUGGACGUGGGCGUGGCCGUAGUCGAAGCACUAUAACAGCCCGUUCACCACAAGCGUACAUCACUCCCACCAUGGAAUGCCUUCACCCAUCGGACAUUUCCGAAGAAUAUAACUCCAUGAUCAUUCGAACACCUGAUGAUGACUUCUAUAUGGACACUGGCGCAACCUCACACAUCACCUCGGAUCCAGGACUUGAGCUCGAGGAAGACUAUUCUACGAUGUGA